UUGAAGAAAGCGUCAAAAAGAAAAUGGGCCGAUGAGAAAAAAUAUGUUUCCGGCACAGGGGGGGGGGCCAAGCAAACAAUCUCUAAUCACUUCAAUGGAUUUGAAGAUAAAAUCGUUGUUGGGAGAUUUACCACUUGUUGGACAAGAAUCCAGAUACGAUUCUGAUGCCGCCUACAUCACAGAAAUUGAGGUUGAGACUGAGGAUGCUGGAGCAUUCUUGCAUCAACCAAUGGUAGAGAAUGAGGAUGAUUUUUCAACAGUUUUGGGGGAAGAAAUAAUUGAUAUUCCUCUUGAAGAACACAAUUACAAUGCUGUCAAACACAAUCAUUCAGAGCAACACCCAACUACUAGUGGCAGUUUGUCUGUAAUAAAAAACUCUAAAGCUCAAUUAGAUUCAAACAAACCUGCAGUACAAAUCUAUGAUAAACAAUUUUCUGUUAACAAAUUAAAGUGCAAAACUUCAUCUCCACUCAAAUUUAAAAGAAAACCAACCAAGUCAGUGUUAGAUAGAUCAGUAGCUGGAAAGAAAAUUGAAACAUUUUCAGAGGCUAAAUCUGAGCUUAUCCAAUUACAAAAAGAACUUGCUCAGAAACAGUUAUACUUCUCUGAAGAAGAACACAAAUUAAAAAUGAAGAACCUUAAACUUAUCGAAGAAAAACACUUAAAGAAAAUUAAACUUAUUGAUCUAAAAAUAAAAAAUGAAGAAAUGAAAAUGAAAUGUGUAAAAGAAACAUUUAACAUCUUGUGAAUGAUGUGAUUUAGGAGCAGUAUGUACAUUAAGUUACCGUAGGCUACUACAUAUUAGUAGUUGUCUUAAACAAUAAAUAUGUUUUAAAUUGUUUUUAAUUUUA